CUUAAUCAAACAAACUGAUCACUACUCUGAGUAAACUUAAAGCUAAACAACUGUAGGACCGAUCGUAGGCUAACAUUUUCACUUCACACGCGAACUUCAAAACCAAACUAACGACGGUUGAAGCCUCAACAAAAACCACCUCUCUCUCUCUCUCUCUCUCUCUCUCUCUCUCUCUCUCUCCUCACCUCUCUCUCUGCUACUUCAUACGUUUACUAAAUUAUAUAAUAUAUAUACUAUUUAACCUCAUAAAUGAAUCCACAAAUGGAAAAACAAAACAACCCAAUAACUGGAAGUUGAUUCUUUAUGUUAUAAAUUAAACGACUUUGAAGAAAAAAAACAAAGACAAAUAAUAAUACUAAUAACAGAGAAUGUUGCAGAAUGGUUUUCCUGGAGAACGAGAAGUUGAAAGCUCCGGUGGCCGGACGGUGUUGGUGGGUAUAAAGUUAGACUCUCCGAGUAGAGAGUUGCUUACAUGGGCUUUGGUCAAAGUGGCUCAGCCUGGUGACUGUGUGAUUGCUUUGCAUGUUCUUGGCAAAAAUGAGAUUUUGGAUCGAGACGGGAAAUCAACGCUUCUUUCGCUUGUCAAAGCUUUCGACUCUGUUCUUGCUGUAUAUGAAGGUUUCUGCAACUUAAAACAGGUGGAUCUUAAACUGAAGAUUUGCAGAGGAGCUUCAGUGAAGAAAAUUUUAGUUCGAGAGGCUGAUUCUUAUUGUGCGAGUAGACUUAUAUUAGGAACUGCUCGAAACCACCAUACAAUCCGUUCAACUACUUCUGUAGCCAAGUAUUGUGCCAAAAAACUGGAUAAGGAUUGUGGUGUUCUCGCUGUAAACAACGGGAAAAUUGUCUUCAAAAGAGAAAGUAGUUCAUCAGGAAAAACUGGUAAAGAAGAAGAUCAACACCGAACUGAUGUUGUGGGCGGGUUGUCCCUUACACUAAAUGAGACCCCAAAAGGAGUAAAUGAUGAUCAUUGCAGUGACUGCAAAGUUCCGGACUUCAACGAGAGCACAGUUAAAAAAAAGAGCUGUACAAUCUGUACCCCCAUAUCUUCUUUGUCACCUAAAUCUUUUGACCAAACCACUAAAGAGAGAGAAAAAGACGAGUCUUUGGCUCUAGUUGAGGUCCAUAAAGCAGAGCCUGCGGAAAAUUCAAUCUCUUUAGUGAUCCGAGAAUUGCCCGAAGCUAGACCCGGCUGGCCGUUACUUCGAUGCACCACCUUACCGGACCGGAGUGAACCGGAAAAGAUUAUGGUGCGGCAGAUCUCAGUGGUUCAGUGGGCAAUGCAACUCCCAACUCGGCAAAUUUCAUCUAAUGGUGAGUUUGGUCCUAGUGAAGAUCAGUCUUCUUCCAAUCUUAAUAGUGAAAGUGGAGCAAUUGUUCCGGUGGAUUCAGAAACGACAACAACGAAAUCUUCACCGAGUACCAAAACCUUACCCCGCCGGGAGUUGGAGGGUCUUCAUGAGAAGUACUCCUCAACAUGCAGAUUGUUCAAGUAUCAAGAACUCCUAUCAGCAACAUCAAAUUUCUUGCCAGAAAAUCUGAUCGGAAGAGGUGGAAGCAGUCAAGUGUACAGAGGCUCCCUUCCCGACGGCAAAGAAUUAGCUGUGAAAAUCUUAAAGCCGUCUGAAGAUGUAAUUAAAGAGUUUGUGCUUGAAAUAGAGAUCAUUAAUACUUUAAACCACAACAACAUUAUUUCCCUUAUGGGGUUCUCUUUUGAGGACAAUAAUCUUCUCUUGGUCUAUGAUUUCUUAUCUAGAGGAAGCCUUGAAGAGAAUCUUCAUGGGAAGAAGAAAGAUGUGGUUGCAUUUGGUUGGAAUGAGAGAUUCAAGGUUGCUUUGGGUGUGGCUGAGGCUUUGGAUUACUUGCAUAGCGGUUGUGCUCAACCUGUUAUCCAUAGAGAUGUUAAAUCCUCUAAUAUACUGUUAUCUGAUGAUUUUGAGCCACAGCUCUCUGAUUUUGGACUCGCUAAGUGGGCUUCAACCUUAUCAUCACAUAUAACUUGUACUGAUGUUGCAGGGACUUUUGGUUACCUUGCACCUGAAUACUUCAUGUAUGGCAAAGUAAAUAACAAGAUUGAUGUAUAUGCAUUUGGGGUUGUACUCUUAGAGCUUCUUUCAGGAAGAAAGCCUAUAAACAGUGACUAUCCAAAAGGCCAGGAGAGCCUAGUCAUGUGGGCUAAGCCAAUUCUUUAUGGGGGGAAAGUUUCUGAGUUACUAGAUCCAUGCUUGGGCACUAAUUAUGAGCAGGACCAGUUGGAAAGAAUGGUUUUAGCAGCUACUCUUUGCAUUAAGCGAGCUCCUCGAGCUAGGCCUCAAAUGAGUCUCGUUGUAAAACUUCUUCAAGGUGACCCUGAGAUAACUAAAUGGGCAAGGCUACAAGUUCUUGAUGUGAGGGAAGCUGACAUUGUGGACGAGGACGAAGCUUUUCCACGUUGUAAUCUGCAAUCACAUCUAAACCUUGCACUGCUUGAUGUGGAGGAUGACUCAGUCUCCAUGAGCAGCAGCAGCAUUGAUCAAAGUGUGUCAUUAGAGGAUUACUUGAAGGCCGGUGGAGCCGCUCAUCGAGCUUUGACUAAUAACUACAAUUUUACAUGCCAAAUCCUAAAAACUUGUUAAUUCACCUAUGUGUGUGAUUCUUUUGUAUAAUAGUCUAGCCCUCCUCCCUCCCCUCCCAAAAAGAAAAAAAAAGGUAAAGCUAAAAAAGAAAAAGAGAGACAAAAACAAAUGUACAAAGAGGGUUUUGGAUGAGAGGUUGUUUGUGGGUGUUCCCUCCUCCUUACCCUUUUACUACUCCACAAAACUUGUUCCUUGUUGUUGUUGUUUUUUCUUUUUUCCUUUUUCACAUAUGAUUUCUUGGUGUUGGGUUUUUAAUCCCUUGAUCCCAAUUACAGAGCGACUAAUAGUGUGUUGUAAUUCUAAACAAAGACAAUGAGUUUGUAAUUCUUAUUAAUUAAGAACCAAAAAAAAAAUAAUAAAAAAAAUCAUAUAUUAUCUCA